AUGAAGCUCGACGUGACUGCCAUGCGUUACCUGACAAAAGAGCACUUUCGAGUGUUGACGGCCAUCGAAAUGGGCAUGAAGAAUCAUGAGAUAGUGCCUGUAGAGCUGAUUGCCAGCAUCGCCAAGCUCCGCCAUGGCGGUGUGCAGAAAAUCCUGUCGCAUUUGCUGCGCAAUAAGCUCAUCGCCCACGAUGGUAACGCCUACGACGGUUACCGUCUUACAUACAGUGGAUACGACUUCUUGGCCCUUCGUGUGUUUCUACAGCGUGGUCAUAUUACGGGACUGGGCCGCCAAAUCGGCGUUGGCAAGGAGUCGGAUAUUUAUUUAGCGACACAGGAUGACGGCACGGAAGUUGCGAUUAAGUUUCACCGUCUUGGACGCACAUCGUUUCGUGCUGUAAAAUCUAAGCGAGAUUAUCUCAAGAAUCGCAAGUCAGUCAGCUGGUUUUACAUGUCUCGACUCUCGGCCAUGAAGGAAUACGCUUUCCUAAAGGCAUUGUAUGACCGUGGGUUUCCGACACCAACGCCCUUUGACUGCAACCGUCACGCAAUUUGCAUGAGUCUUGUAGAUGGCUCCCCGCUCAACCAAGUACGCCGUCUUGCCAACUCAGAGGAUGCCUACAACACGUCCAUGUCGAUUGUUGUCCGUCUUGCGGAGUAUGGACUGAUUCACUGUGACUUUAACGAGUUUAAUAUUAUGAUUGGAGACGAUGGCAAAAUCACUAUGAUCGAUUUCCCGCAGAUGAUCUCAACAUCGCAUCCGAACGCUACCGAGUUGUUUAAUCGCGAUGUACAUGGACUUGUAAAGUUUUUCUCGCGGUUGCAAGGUGGUGCUUUCAUACCAGAGCGUGUUCCGAAGCUGGAGGACAUCGUUGCCGAUGAACAUGUCCGACUUGACGAGGAUGUGGAGGCCAGUGGCUUCGGCAAAGAGUUUGGCGAGAAAGUUUACGAUCUAUCAAUUUUUUCAGCUCACCAAAAUCUUGAAGACGGCGACAGCGAUGACGAUAAUUGCGCGGAUGAAAGUGGGGAGGAAACCGAUGGUGAAGAAGUGCCAGAACUUGUGCAAAGAGUCAAAGAGACGACUCUUCACAGCCAGGUUGACGGGUCUGAUGAAGAUGCCGACGAUGACAAAGCACAGGAUUUGUUUUCCGUGGAGAAUGAGAUCAUUAAGCAGCGAGUGCAACGCGACCGGCAAACACGUCAAAAUGCAGGCGCAAAGCGGCGAUCGCGGAACUCUUCCAAGCUUAGCAUCAAGGGCAAGCUUUACCACAAGAAUGACUGGUAA